CAACCAGGCUGUGGAGGCAAUUUGAGGACAAGACAGAUGGCUUCACCUGUUGCACUCAUCGCUCUCAUCUCGCUGGUCCUGUUUGCGGGCAUCACAGAAGCAAGAAAAGACCCUGGAGAGUACUGGCAAGGUGUUGCUGCUAGAAAUGAUCAGGCUCUGUUGGAAGCAAUUCCGCACCUUGUCCGCAUAGAUUCCACCCUCUCCGACACGAAGAAAAUUACGACUGCUAGUGAUUGUCACACUUCCAACAAAAAGGAUUCUGUAGCAGAAGCUGCAAACAACAAGAAGUCCGUCUUUGCCACAGACUUCGAACCAAGACCCAACUUAUCCGCCUAUGGAGAUGAUGCUAAAUUGAAGAAGAAGGAAGAAAAAACUUUCACGAAAGACUUCGAGCCAAGGCCUGGUGCUAGCUUCUACGCCAAUUAGGCCGGAAGAAACAACUACUCUUGCUUUUUAAGGAAGCCCCCGCUCCGGCGCUAGCGUUUGUAUUAUGUAGUAGUAAUAUUAUGUUGUUGUUAUGUAUGAAAAAAUAAUCUAUCUUAUUAUAUCAUGUAUAGUUCUGCCCCCAGACCGUAAGUCGUAUCUUUGUCGUGUCAAGUUGUUGGGUGAUGCCUUCGAUCUGGUUUGACUUUGAUUUCAAAGUGAUGCUAAGAGCUACUAGUAAGUACUCAGUUCAAAAAGUCUACUUUGUUGUCGCAUGUUUGAUGUUUCCCUAGAAUGUUCUCAGGAUGUAAAGCUUUCCCCUUUUUUUUUU